UCUGUGAUCACCGAGUGUCCAUGGGGGGGUGCGGGGAUUGGACCGAAGCAUCGCUGCUCUUCUCUCCAGCCUCCGGUGGCGGCUCGUGUCCCCGCUGUGGAUGAAUGAAACCCGGGCCAUCUGAGGGUCCAUCCUCCGCUUGUCCUCCACCCAGCCUGUCGUCGAGCAGCGCGGACGAGCUGGGGGGGAAUCCGGGCAAAGGCAGCCGCGGGGCCGCGCACCGGCCCACGGACCCCCCGCCGCGCCGCUCCACCAACAUGCUCACCCGGGUCAAGUCCGCCGUGGCCGGCUUCAUGGGAGGGAUGGUGGCCGGGGGGAGCUCCGGCGGAGGCGGCCACCCCGGAUCCGAUCUGCAGCUGAAAUUCCCGUACAGGAGACCCGAGUUCCUGGGCCUGUCCCCGGAUGAGGUGGAGUGCUCGGCGGACCACGGCUCCCGGCCCAUCCUCAUCCUGAGGGAAACCAGGAGAUUACCGUGGGCCACCGGAUACGCUGAGGUGAUUAACGCUGGUAAGAGUGCGUUAAAUGAGGACCAGGCGUGCUGCACAGUGGUCGUGGCCAGAAGGAGGCCAAUGAGCUGCUGCCCUCCUUCCACGCCCAACAAGACGCCCACUGCCAAGAGACGCAACUCCCUGCCCAACGGAGAGGGCCUCGGGCUCGUGGAUCAAAAGCUGGAGGACGACGCUGAAGGUUUGGUGUUCCACUACUGGGCCUUGUUCGAUGGUCACGCUGGUUCAGGUGCAGCCGUCGUCGCCUCCCACCUGCUGCAGCACCACAUCGCCUGCCAGCUCCAGUCCGUGAUCGAGAUCCUGCGCAAUCAGGGGGGUCCACCUCCCACCUUGCUGGGGGAAGAGCCCGAUACCAACCCCUACCUCCAGGGAAACCCCCCCGGCCCUCACCGGUCCCUGACCCGGGCCGCUUCGUUGCGCGGGGCAGCGGGUGCGCCAGGUUCUCCGUCCAACACCCCGCCACCACCUCGCUUCUUCACGGAGAAGAAGAUCCAACACGAGAGCCUGGUGAUAGGAGCCAUAGAGAACGCAUUCAAAGAGAUGGAUGCCCAGAUCGAGAGGGAGAAGCAGGAUUACAACAUCACAGGAGGAUGCACGGCUCUCACUGUGGUCUACCUGCUAGGAAAACUAUAUGUGGGGAAUGCAGGUGACAGUAGGGCUAUCGUUAUAAGAGCCAAUGAGAUCAUUCCCCUGUCAACAGAGUUCACACCAGAAUCCGAGCGACAGCGACUCCAGUUCCUGGGUUUCAUGCAGCCUCACCUGUUAGGAAAUGAGUUCACGCACCUGGAAUUUCCCCGGAGAGUUCAGAGGAAGGAGGUGGGCAAGAGGAUGCUCUACCGAGACUUCACCAUGAACGGGUGGGCUUACAAGACCAUUGAGGAUGACGACCUCAAGUUUCCACUAAUAUAUGGUGAAGGGAAAAAGGCUCGGGUGUUGGCCACUAUAGGUGUGACCCGGGGGCUCGGUGACCACGACCUCAAAGUUCACGACUCCAACAUCUACAUCAAGCCGUUCCUGUCCUGCUGCCCCGAGGUGAAGGUGUACAACCUGACCCAGUAUGAGCACGGGGCUGAUGAUGUGCUGGUAAUGGGAACGGACGGGCUCUGGGACGUCCUCUCCAACCAGGAAGUAGCUGAGGCAGUUACGACUUUUCUAGCCAACUGUGACCCUGAUGACCUGCACAGGUACACGAUGGCUGCACAGGACCUGGUGAUGCGAGCCCGUGGCGUGCUGAGGGACCGAGGCUGGCGGAUCACCAACGAGCGCCUGGGCUCCGGAGACGACAUCUCGGCCUUCAUCAUACCGCUAAUGUACGGCAAUCGUCAGGUCUGAGGAGCCCGACAGAGAAGCUGUCGUUCAAGGACCCUGAAGGGCCUGUAGGCUCCUAAACCAACUCAGAACUGAACUCAGAAUCCCCUUUCAGUUCCCCCGGUGCCGUUUGCACUUUUAUUUUCCUCCUUAGUCGAAAUUCAGAUGCAACCUUUAGAUUUGUUGCUGCUUGAUUGCUCACCUAGAGUUCAGGAUUGAGCAGCCACCAAUUGAAGUUUUUAGUGUCAGAAACCACAAGACAUAUGGUUAUUUUAUUUAAUUUGAGUCGUAAAUCUAAAUAAAUAAUUAGUGAUCAAGGAUUGUAGUGAGUAAAAGUAGUUCCAUAGGAUGGUUGAGGUGACUUUCCCUUAACCUUCUGCAGAGAUGCGAAAUAUAAAAUAGGCGAAUGAACCGAAUGAAAAAUGAAGGAAAGACCUUUUUCUUUCUUUCCUUCUCUUACCUCUCUUCUUAUGCUGUACAAUACCAGGCUUCUCCUACCCUCUCUUUUCGUACCCUCCUCUUCCCCUACACUGCACAGUCAAACUGGUUUAUUAUAAAAAGAAUACCUCCUACAUCUCCUGACUGGGGACGGAGCUGACAAGUCAGUUGCAUUUUCUUUUUUGCCACAGUGUGGCCGCGAAGGAUCAUUUUGCUGAGGAGCCACUUAACAUGUGGAUGCAGCAGAAGAAGAAAAAGGAUGAAGACUUGAAGUUGUAGACCUUUAUAGUAGCAGGCUAGUCUCAUGAGGAAUCUGCUUUCUUGAUGGAAUACAAGAAAACUCACUAGAGGAUCGGAACUAUGAUGAUCAGCCAGAAGAACAACGUAGUUUGAUAUGGUUGAUGGAGUUUGAUAUGAAAACUGAUCACUCAUUUAACAUGUGCACAGAAGGAACAUGUUCACUGUUUCGAGUCAUUUAAUCUGAUGUUGUCAGUAGCUUGAGUUUUAUUGCACUUAGUCAGUGAUUGGCAGCAUAGCUAUGCUGUUUGCUGACAUGGGUUAUUAAAACAUUGGUUAACAUUUGGGGAAAUGCACUAAAUAGCUUUUUUUGCCUAGAGUUGGAUGAGAAGAUUGAAACAACUCUCAUAUCGGUACAUUACAGGAGGCUA